AUGUCGUCGAGCCCCGUCUUGCCCGACCCCACGGUCGAUUUGGGCUGGGAUGACUUCCGUGGAGCCAUCCACGACAUCUUUGCCGCCAAUGCCGAGGCACACCCCGAUAGGCAUUGCGUCGUCGAGACCAAGGGCCCCAGGAAUCCCGAGCGCAUCUUUACCUACAAGCAGAUCAACGAGAGCUCUAACAAGCUAGCUCACUACUUCCUUGACCAUGGCUGCGAGCGUGGAGAUGUCGUCAUGAUCUAUGCUCACCGCAGUGUCGAUCUCGUCGUUGCAUACAUGGGUGCUCUCAAGGCUGGUGCCACUGUCGCCAACCCCGUCUUCCUCGUCCACAUCCAGCGCGCGACCCAAGAAGCUGGAAAGCUCGCCGAUACCGUUGCCGAAUUCAUCACGAAUAACCUCAAGAUCAAGGCCGAGGUCCCCGCACUUGCACUCCAAGACAAUGGCGAGCUAGAGGGUGGUGAUGUCAAUGGCCAGGAUUGCUUCGCGGCCCAGGAAGCCCGCAAGACUCAGUUCCCCGGUGUGCAAAGGUUUGGUCUUUCUGAGAAUGACCGCUUCACCAUGCUGUCGGGUAUCGCCCACGACCCUAUCCAGCGCGAUAUCUUCACCCCGCUCUUCCUCGGCGCCCAGAUCGUCGUGCCUCCCCAGGACAUGAUUGCCCACGAGCUCCUCGCCGAGUGGAUGCGGGAGAACAAGGUCAACGUCACCCAUUUGACCCCGGCCAUGGGUCAGAUCCUCGUCGGUGGUGCCUCGGCCCAGAUCCCCACCCUGCACCACGCCUUCUUUGUCGGCGACAUCUUGACCAAGAAGGACUGCCGGAAGCUUCAGGACCUUGCCCAAAACGUCUUCAUCACCAACCUUUGGGGAACGACCGAGACCCAGCGCAGCGUAUCCUUUUACGAAAUCCCCAGCAAGGCCAAGGAUCCCGAAGCCCUCGACAACCUUCCCGACAUCAUCCCCGUCGGCCAGGGUAUGAACAACGUGCAGCUCCUCGUCCUGGAUAGGGACAACAAGAGCAGGAUGUGCGAUGUUGGUGAGCAGGGUGAGCUUUUCAUCAGGGCUGGCGGUCUUGCCACCGGCUACCUCGGUGACGACGAGACCAUCCGGAGCCUCAACGAGUCCAAGUUCCUCAUGAACUGGUUCGUCGACAACGAUGUCUGGCAAAAGAAGUACGAGGAAAAGGUUGCCGCUAACGGCAAGCAGCCCUGGAUGGAAUUUUACAAGGGCCCCAGGGACCGCAUUUACCGGUCCGGUGACUUGGGUCGCGUCCGGCCUGACGGCAACGUCGAAUGCACCGGUCGCGUCGACAACCAGGUCAAGAUUCGAGGUUUCCGUAUCGAGCUAGGAGAGAUUGAUACCCAUCUUUCGCGCCACCCCUUCAUCCGAGAGAACGUCACCGUCGUCAGGAGGGAUGAAAACGAGGAGCCCAAGCUCGUCAGCUACAUCGUCCCCGAAGCCAAGCGUUGGUUCCAACAUCUCCAGGAGAGCGGCAAGCCCGUUAAUGAGGCGGAGGACGAUUCAAUGAUUGGCAUGUUCAAGAAGUUUAGGUCUCUUUCGGAUGACUGCAAGAGCUUCCUCAAGACCAAGGUGCCCCAAUACGCCGUUCCCACCAUGUUUAUCCCCUUGACCCGCAUGCCCCUCAACCCGAACGGCAAGAUUGAUAAGCCCGCACUUCCCUUCCCUAGCAAGGAAACCGACCUCGCACUGCUCGCUAGGCGGCCUUCGCAAGGUUACCACUCCAUGACGGAGACACAGAAGAGGGUGGCUGCCAUUUGGGCCUCCGUCAUCCCCAACCGCACAGCUCGCAUGUUUGUUCCCGAGUCCAACUUUUUCGAGGAGGGUGGCCACUCUAUCCUGGCUCAGCAGAUGCUCUUCAACAUCCGCAAGGAGUGGAAGGAUAUUGAUGUCCCCAUGAGUGUCAUCUUCCAGUCGCAGACUCUUGGCGAAUUCGCCACUGAAAUUGACCGCGCCCUCGAUCCCACCGGUCUCCGACUCGACGUCCCCCGAGCCCUGGCCUCGGGCUCUAACACUGUGUUCUUGACGGGUGCCACUGGCUUCCUUGGCUCGUAUAUCCUCCGCGAACUUCUGAGCCAGCCCGAGACCCGAGUUAUCGCGCACGCCCGAGGCAAGGACGCCGCCUCUGCCGUUGCCCGUAUCGAGACCAUCUCCAAGGCGUACGGAAACUGGUCCGAGGAUUGGCGAUCUCGUAUCGAGGCUGUGACAGGUGACAUCUCGAAGCAGAACCUGGGCCUCUCCAAGGCUGACUGGGAUCGAGUUGCUGCCGAGGCCGACGUCAUCAUUCACAAUGGUGCGCAAGUCAACUGGAUGUUGCCCUACUCUAGUUUGAGGUCGGCCAACGUCCUCAGCACGGUCGAGUGCAUCACCCUGGCCAACACUGGCAAGCCCAAGAGCCUCGCUUUCGUGAGCUCCACCUCGACGCUCGACUCGGACUACUAUGUCGAACUGUCCAAGAAGAGCGCUGCCGAAGGUGGCACAGGCGUGCAGGAAGAUGACGACCUUGAGGGCAGCCGCAAGGGCCUCGGUACUGGUUAUGGUCAGUCCAAGUGGGCCAGCGAAUACAUUGUUCGUGAAGCCGGCCGCCGUGGCCUGGUUGGUGCCGUCGUGCGACCCGGGUACGUCACCGGCGACCCGGUUUCGGGUACUUCCAUCACCGACGAUUUCCUUGUCCGCUUGUGGAAGGGUUGUUUGCAGGUUGGAGCUCGCCCUGAUAUCACCAACACGGUCAACCAGGUUCCCGUCACCCAAGUUGCCCGCAUCGUUACCGCGGCCGCCCUCUACCCGCCUACCUCCCCACUGGGCGUCGUCCAGGUCACGAGCCAUCCGCGCCUGACCAUGAACGAGUGGCUCGGCGUGCUCGAGGUGCACGGCUACCCUGUGCCGCAGAUUCCUUACCCUGAGUGGUCUGCCAAACUCCGUGACUACGUCUCCGAUCCAGAGAAGGAAGAGCAUGCUCUCCUCCCUCUCUUCCAUUUCGUGGCUGGUGACCUCCCCGCCAACUCCAUCGCCCCCGAGCUCAACGAUUCCAACGCUGGUGUUGCGCUGCGCAACGCCGCUGCCGCCGCCGGAAAGGCCGAGGAAGGUGAUCCCCUAGCGGCGGGUGCCGUCACCCUCGACGUUGCGGGCAGGUACCUCGCCUACCUCGUCGCCACGGGCUUCCUGCCCUCGCCACCUGCUGAUGGCAAGGCUGAGAGGCAGCUGCCUUCGCUAGAAAUUGGCGAAGAGAAGCUCACAGCUCUGGCUGCCCUUGGUGGACGCGCUGCAGGCAAAUAA